UAUUCCCGAGAAUGGCUACCUCGCUUCCCUCGCAAGUCCCGACCGAGCACUUUCUUUCUUUUCCAUCCUUCUCCGCUUCUCCCUCCCGUCCCCGAUCGAUCCCAAAAGGCAAAACCCCUACCCACUGAUUCCAAACCCACCGAGCGGCGAGAGAAAGAAUCUCCAGAGAGCGAUGCACGCGCCGGCGAGGAAGGCCGCGGGCGGAGGGGGCCGCGGCCCGGUUGCGUCGGCGCUGCUGCUGCUGGCGGUCGGGGUGUUCGCCUUCCUGAUCUCGUACAGCGUGCUCGCCAUGGUGCUCCGAGGCGGCGGCAACGGAGGAGGAGGAACUACGGGGGUCGGGACGGGAGCGAGGGACCCGGUGGUGCGGAUGCCAGAGUGGAUGCGGGCGGCGGGCGGCGCGAGGGGCCAGAGGCGGCCGUUCCACGUGGCGCUCACGGCCACGGACGCCCCGUACAGCAGGUGGCAGUGCCGGGUGAUGUACUUCUGGUACAAGCGGAUGCAGGCGCGGCCGGAGGGCGCCGACAUGGGCGGCUUCACCCGCGUGCUGCACUCGGGGAAGCCCGACGGCCUCAUGGACGAGAUCCCCACAUUCGUCGUCAGCCCCCUCCCCGCCGGCAAGGACCGUGGCUAUAUCGUCCUAAACAGGCCAUGGGCAUUUGUACAAUGGCUGCAGCAGGCAAAGAUUGAAGAAGAGUACAUACUGAUGGCAGAACCAGAUCAUAUAUUUGUGAAACCUUUACCAAAUUUAGCUUUUGACAAUGAUCCAGCAGCAUUCCCCUUCUUUUACAUCACACCAUCCGAACAUGAAAAAAUUAUCAGGAAAUACUAUCCUGAAGAAAGGGGUCCAAUCACAAAUGUUGACCCUAUCGGGAAUUCCCCUGUAAUAAUUAAGAAGACACUGCUUGAGAAGAUUGCUCCCACAUGGAUGAAUGUAUCACUACAAAUGAAAGAGGAUCAAGAGACUGAUAAGGCUUUUGGAUGGGUUUUGGAAAUGUAUGCAUAUGCUGUUGCCAGUGCAUUGCAUGGGGUUCAACAUAUCCUUCGUAAAGAUUUCAUGAUCCAGCCACCAUUUGAUAAGAAGCUCGACAAUACAUUUAUUAUCCACUUCACCUAUGGAUGUGACUAUACACUCAAGGGCGUACUGACAUAUGGAAAAAUUGGUGAGUGGAGAUUUGACAAGAGAUCAUACCAAGAUAGGCCACCACCAAGAAAUCUUACAUUGCCCCCUCCAGGAGUGCCAGAAAGCGUGGUUACACUGGUAAAAAGGGUCAAUGAAGCUACCGCAAACCUUCCUAGGUGGGAUGAUGGAUUAUAAUCUAUGUGGACGUCAAAUAUCCGGGCCCCUUAGGGGUAUACAUCAGAAAUACAGAAGUAGAUAAUUUUUCUUUCAUACUUAGGGCCCUGCUAGGAACACGCGAAUUUCCUGAUUCCUGCAGGAACUAACUCUUUCCAGUGAAUUAUCUGAGAUCCAAACAGAACCUUUACAGAAAAAAAAGAACAUAGCAGCCCAGUUUGUUUUCCAUUUACGGUUAUCUUGUAAAUUUUUCUGACUGGUAAGAUUGAAAUAGUCAUAUGCGAGCACAGUUGUGCUUGCACCCCUUUGGCAA